CCGAACUUAGUUUUGUUAUUGCACGACAUGUGGCUUCUUUACAUUUUUCUGGCAAUAUUGGCUAUCUGGGCUAUUUUCAAGUUGAAAGGGCAACACAGAGAUAAUAGACCGCCUCGUGUAAAAGGUCUGCCAAUUAUAGGAAAUGCACUAGAGAUAAAUGAAAACAAUCUGUUUGAUAAACUAUAUUCGUUUUCAGAGAAAUAUGGGGAGAUAUUCGAAUUAAAGAUUCUGCAUCAGACUUUUGUUUGCCUGAAUUCUGAGGCUUUGAUUCGGAAGGCGUUAACAAAUGAGCCAUAUGCACGGUUUAUGAAUGAAAGGACUAAGUUUUUCUACGGAGAGGCAAUGUUGUAUGGCGGUCAAAGUGUAGUGUUUUAUGGAGAUCCAUACAGUAAAGUGUACAACGGCAUGCGCAAAGGCAUGAUUAAAGGUCUUCAUGUUUAUGGACAAGAAGGAUUCAAUGAAUUUGAAGAAAACAUUCAACUGGAGCUCUGCCGACUUAACAAACAGAUUGACUCUUUUGGCGACAAUGACUUUGAUAUGGUGGCACUUAUACAACGGUCUUUGACUAACGUUGUCUCACAAGUGCUGAUUGGUGAAUCAUUAUCUGACGACGACGCAGAUGUUAAUAUGUUUUGGGAUUAUAUUGAGGGAGUCAAUUUCUUUCUCAAUGCCAGUGUUAACAAUAUACUAUCAUUCAUGCCCGUCUUGCGAUUUGCUCCAGCCUUCAAAAGUAAAUAUGACUUCAUGAGCAGAGGAAAGAAAACGAUUAUUGAGAGAUUCUUUAAAGGCAGAAAGGAUAAAGCUAAUGGUUCAACAAAAGGUCUUGUGGAUUUCCUAUUAGAGGAGCAAAAGAAGGCGAUUGAAGAGGGAAAAGAAGUCAUUUUUACUGAUGAAAGAAUUAUCAGUAACACCCUGGAGACAGUUGUAGGAGGAAUUUUGACGACUUGGUCUGUACUGACAAGCACGAUGUUGUGUUUAGUCAACCACCCUGAAUACCAAGACAAGGUAUUUGAAGAAAUUGAUAAAAACAUUGGUAGAGAUCGCGCGCCUAUUCAUUCUGAUAAAGUUCAUUGUCCUCAUUUGGAGGCUAUUGAGCUAGAAGUUCACAGGCUUAUCACAGUUGUGCCUAUCCUUGCUGGUAGAAAAUGCACGCGUGAUCUCGAAUUUGAAGGAUACAAUCUACCAAAAGGGACUUUGCUAAUGGUAAAUAUUUGGUACAUUCAUCACGAUCCAAAAAUAUGGGGAGAUCCUUGGAAUUUCCGUCCUGAGCGUUUCUUGGACACAUAUGGUCAGCUUCUUCCUAGAGAACACUUGUUUCGGCGGAAUUGCAUACCAUUUGCACUAGGUAGAAGACAAUGUAUCGGAGAGCAGUUUGCAAGAUCAAGAUAUUUUCUAUAUAUGGCUACAUUGCUCAGAAAAUGGAAAUUUGUUGGUUCUCCGGGAAAGUUUGGAUCAUGUGACCCUAGAGAUAGUGCUUACAUUGACAGCAAUCUCACAUAUCGAGCAAAGUCUUUCUUCUGUAAAGCAGUUAAACGGCAAUGAAAUAAAACCUCUCAUACGAUGAUGUUUAAAAAAUUGAGACAUAAAUAUCAGACACAAUUUAAAUUUAUCGGCAUACUCAAAUUUUGCUUGCGGCUAUAUAAAUCAAUCGCUCCACAAUCACGUGUUAUUAAUAAUCGCACUUUAUUAAUCAGGAGAAAUA